AUGAAGAGGGUUGUUUGGGCUUUGGGGCCAUGCCUGCUCAAGGCCGGGGCGUUGGGUCCAAGCACCUGGGCCAAAACAAGGGCUCCUGAUCCGGGCUUCGUGGCUAGCCUCGUAUCGUAUCAUCAAGAAAUGCUUGCGAAGGCUGUGGCCAAGCUCUCCAGCGGUCGACCAUUUGCCGAUUGGAUCUUCGAGGUGGAUACAACCACGCUGCCCAAAGAAGUCCCAUUGAGCUGGCUGCAGAACGCCACCAAGGAUAGCGCAUCGGCUCAGUCCUCUCUACAAGACGCACUUCGGAUCCUGGCUCGAGGUUUGACUCGCCUCUCUUCGGGCGCAGCCCUCGCCGACGCGGUCUUCGGAGUCGAGGCAGCGCUGCUGCUGCAGCCGGUCGCUCCGGAUAAUUUCCAGCCCCGGUUCACACCGCAGCAAAUCGCAUCCCUGGGUCCCAAGCAGAUUUCUGUGCUUAUGGCGCGUGAAAACGACAUGUUGGCCGCCGGCGUCGGGAAGCUGUCAAGUGGCAAAGCUUUUGCUGACUACAUCUUCGGCAUGGACACAGGAGAGCUGCCGACGAAGUUGCCUAGCGAAGCAUAUCUGGCGCACUUCGUGCAGGACCGUGGACUCGCGCGAUUUGCAUUAAAUGCGACGAUGUCCAUGCUUGGCCACGCUGCGUCUCAGCUGUCCUCUGGCAAGCCAUUAGCAGAUGCCAUCUUCGGAUGCGACGUGAGCCACCUGGCCGUCCCUAACGAAAUUGUGAUGACCAGGACGUAG